AUGCCGACAAAAACCUCCACCAAUAGAUACAUACCUUAUAGUCGUUAUAAAGGCAAAACAUACAUAUAUGUGGAAAAUGAUAAUGAUAGUGAUAACUAUGUGGUAACAACUGAUACAUCUGAUAUCACUUCAUCAUCAGAAAGUGAAUAUGAAGAGAUAGAUUUAUAUGUACCACGUAGUCCUAAAUAUAAAACUUUGAUCGAAGUGGUACUAAAACCUAGCAAAAGUGGUACCACAACAAAUAGUGGUGACAUACCUAGUGGUGACAUACCAAGUCAUAUACCCAUAGAUGAUGAAUGGAAUGAACUAAAAGAGGAUUUUAUUUCACAAUAUUUACAAAAUAUACAAAAGGAUUUACCUAAUGAAAAUAUCAUUGAUGAUAAGAUCUAUAUGGAUACACAACCUAAUAUUUUGGGAAAUAAUAUGGAAGAAAAACCUUUUAUUACAUCCAUUCAAGAUAGAAAAUUAUAUAGUAAUAGUGAUAUAACUUAUAAUAUUGAUUGGAAUAUUCCGGAAAAUAUUAGCACUAAUACUCCGACAUAUAAUAGUUUAUAUAGUGGUAUAGAUCUAAUUAAUGAUUCGUUAAAUAGUGGUAAUGAUAUAUAUGAUGAGUUGUUGAAAAGAAAAGAAAACGAAUUAUUUGGAACAAAACAUCCGAAAAAAACAAAUUCCAAUAUUUUUGCAAAACCAAUAAGUGGUGAUCCGAUACUGAACCAAUUGAAUUUAUAUGAUAAAUGGUUAGAUAGACAUAGAAAUAACCAGUGGAAAAACAAACCGGAUAAUAAUAUACCUGUGGAAAACGUCCACACUACACACAACUUGUUAAAUACCAACGUUUCUAUAGAAAUAAGUAGUGAUAUGACCCCUAGAUCUAAUAUGGAUAUUAGUGAUACUAAUAGAUAUACUUAUUUGGAUGAUAUGGAUUCGUUCGAAAAUAGUAGUGAUGAAAAUUUAUUAUGA